AUGGCGUCGCUGCAGCUGCAAGCUGUCGCUGCCGUCCUGGCUCUCGUGGCCGCCGGCGCCGGUGCCGCGCACGGCUUCGAGUUCCACGAGGCCACCGUCGAAGCCAUCCAGCUAGGGUUCAGCAACGGGACUCUCACCUCCACGGCGCUCGUCCGGUUCUACCUGGAUCAGAUCGGCCGCCUCAACCCGCUGCUGCGCGCCGUCAUCGAGGUCAACCCGGACGCGCUCCGGCAGGCCCAGCAUGCCGACGCCGAGCGCCGCCGCGGCAGCGGCACGGCCACCGGCUCGCUGCGCGGCGUCCCCGUCCUGCUCAAGGACAACAUCGCGACCCGUGACGCGCUCAACACCACGGCGGGCUCGCUGGCUCUCCUCGGCUCCGUGGUGAAGCGUGACGCCGGCGUGGCGGCCCGGCUCCGGCGUGCGGGCGCCCUGGUGCUCGGCAAGGCCAGCCUGUCCGAGUGGGCCAAUUUCCGCCCGGUCGAAGCCGGGUGGAGCGCCCGCGGCGGCCAGGCGCGGAACCCGUACGUGCUGUCGUCUACCCCGUGCGGGUCGAGCGCCGGGUCCGGCGUGGCCGCGGCGGCCAACAUGGCGGCCGUGACGCUCGGCACCGAGACCGACGGCUCCAUACUUUGCCCGUCGUCGUUCAACUCGGUUGUCGGCAUCAAGCCGACGUUGGGGUUGACCAGCCGGGCCGGCGUCGUCCCCAUCACUCCGUUGCAGGACACCGUGGGACCGAUGUGCCGGACGGUGUCGGACGCGGUGCACGUGCUGGAUGCCAUCGUCGGCUACGACACGCAAGACGCCGCGGCCACCGGAGCGGCAUCCAAGUACAUCCCGCACGGCGGGUACACGCAGUUCCUAAAGAAAAACGGGCUAAAAGGCAAGAGGAUCGGCGUCCCCAAUGGCUUCUUCCAAGGAUACGACCAGACGCAGUUGAAUACGUACAAGCAGCACCUCGCCACAAUGAGGAAACUUGGAGCAGUGGUGAUCCAGAAGCUGGACGUCGCUGCCAAUUUGACCGCUCUAUUGGUUGAGAUUUAUUCCAAGGAGGGGAUUGCCAUGCAGGCAGAGUUCAAACUGAGCAUAAACGCGUAUUUGGCAGACUUGGUCUACUCCCCGGUCCAUUCGCUAGCAGACAUCAUAGCAUUCAACAACAACCAUCCUGUGGAGGAGAGGCUGAAAGAUUUCGGGCAGCCUGAUCUUAUCGCUGCCCAAAGCACAAACGGCAUUGGGCCCGUAGAGAGGGCCGCAAUCCGUCGCCUGAAGGAGCUGAACACGAAUGGGCUGGAGAAGCUAAUGAUGGAGCACCAAUUAGACGCGAUCGUUGCGCCUAACAGCGAUAUUUCUAGCCUUCUCGCCAUUAGCGGCCACCCUGGUAUCGUUGUGCCGGCGGGGUACGACGAGAAGGGGUUCCCCUUCGGGAUAUGCUUCGGCGGGCUGCAGGGGUAUGAGCCGAGGCUGAUCGAGAUGGCCUAUUCUUUCGAGCAGGCUACCAAAGUGAGGAGGCCACCCAUGUUCAAGCCCUAG